AUGGAUUCUAAUGAAGAGGAAUAUGGUACGACAUUUUUAAAAUCCGAUAGAAACAAACCAAAUGAGAAUACAGAUUAUGAAAUGAAAAUAACUAAUCAAGACAAAAAGAGGGAAACAAAUAGAAGAAAUAAAUUAUCUAAGGUUAAGAAAUGGAUAAUGAAUUUAGAUAAUUUAUUUGUUACAUUCACUGUAUUAGCUGUUAUAUUGGGUAUGACAAUUGGUUUAUUAGUUAAAAUUUAUGCAUCACCAUCACCAAGAACAAUCUAUCUUUUAUCAUUUCCUGGUGAAUUAUUAAUGAAUAUGUUGAAAAUGUUAAUUAUACCAUUGAUUGUAUCUAGUUUAAUAGCAGGACUUGCUGGUUUAGAUCCAAAAUCAAGCGGAAAAAUUGGCUCAUAUGCAUUGAUUUAUUAUGUAGUAACUACAAUGCUUGCAGUUAUACUUGGUAUUGGUCUAGUUUUAUGCAUACAUCCAGGUGAUACAUCAAUUAAAGAUGAAAUAGGCGAAGGAACAAUAGAGGAACGUAGACCUGAAACAUUGGAUUCUUUACUGGAUUUAUUAAGAAAUCUAUUUCCGGAAAAUGUAGUACAAGCAUGUUUACAGCAACAACAAAGUAGUUACGUCACAGUUGUUAAGCGUCCGAAGUAUAUUCGAUUAACUGAUGGAAACAAUGGUACAUUGAAUAUGGAAAACAAAACAAAACUAAUCAGCUAUGAAGCCAUAAAACCGAAAUAUGUGGAUAGUACUAAUGUUUUAGGAUUGGUGUCAUUCUCAAUUAUAUUUGGUAUAAUACUUGGUCAAAUGGGUGAUCGUGCUGUAACUAUGGUACAAUUUUUCUCUGUUCUUAAUGAAGUUGUCAUGAGAAUGGUACAAGUUAUUAUGUUAUAUUCACCAUUUGGUAUAUUCUUUCUAAUAUUAAGUAAAAUGUUAGAAAUUGAAAAUUUAAGUGAUACAGCAAAAGCAUUAGGUUUAUAUAUGAUAACUGUAGUUACUGGUUUGGCUAUACAUUUACUUGGUACAUUAGCAUUACUCUAUUAUUCGGUAACAAGAAAAAAUCCAUUCACAUUCUAUAAAGGUUUAUUUCAAGCUUGGAUUACAGCACUUGGAACUGCAUCCAGUGCAGCUACUCUACCAAUUACAUUUCGUUGUUUAGAACAAAAUCUAGGCAUUGAUAAACGUGUAACACGUUUUGUUCUACCUAUUGGUGCAACAAUCAAUAUGGAUGGAACUGCACUAUAUGAAGCUGUUGCAUCAAUUUUCAUUGCACAAAUUAAUGGAAAAUAUUUGACAAUUAUUGAAGUAUUUAUUGUAAGUUUAACAGCAACGUUGGCAGCAAUAGGAGCGGCGAGUGUUCCAAGCGCUGGUUUAGUUACUAUGAUGUUAGUGCUUACAUCUGUUGGAUUGCCUACAAAAGAUAUUUCUUUAAUUUUAGCGGUUGAUUGGUUACUUGAUCGAAUUCGUACUUCAAUCAAUGUAAUGGGUGAUGCAGUUGGAGCUGGUAUAGUUAAUCAUUUAUGUUAUAAAGAAUUAGCUCAAAAAGAUGCUGAAAUUGAUAAAGAAAUAGAUGAAGUUGUAGAAGAAUAUACACGUGAAUUAUCUAAUGUAACUAAUAUAACAGAUCGUGAAAAACGUAAUUCAUCUAGUAUAGGUCGUCAUAAUAAAAAACGUAUGAGUUUAGCUGCAGCAAUGCGUUUACAAGAAAAUACAUCACCACUUGGUACAGUUAUGCCAAAUCAAUCAACAAUAAAUGAACCAGAAUCACCAACAUCUAAAUCAUAUUUACCAAUGAAUAUACAUCCAAAUGAUAAAAAUGAUAAUUAAUUAAUUCAUAAUUACAUUUCUAUUAUUGAAUACCUUGAUAGUUUAAGUAUAUUACUUUAUUGAAGUUCUUUAUGAUACUAUCUCACAUUUGUUUUUUCUUUUCUUCUUUCAUUCUUCACCUUAUUUUCAUUCAAUAGAAUUAGACAUUUUAAACUGCUCAGUAACUCGCUUUUUCUUUUUUUUU